AUGGCACUUCGAACAAUCAUUGUGUCUUUGCUUUGCUUCCUUGCCGUCGUCGCCGUCUACAACUCUGGCGUUCUGACCUCAUCCAACAUGUCUUCGUCCUCACAUGAGGCAGGCUCGACUCGGGACUUGAAGGUUCUACUGUCGUCUGGCUCAUCUCCAUCUACUCUCAAAGUGACUGUCGAGAACAAGAGUCGAUCACACACCUAUUCAUUAUUCGCCUGGGACACACCUCUUGACGAACAAGCUCUGAACAUUGGAGCUCUGACGCUUGAGGAUGCCAGGACCGGAGAGGCCAUACCAGGCCCCCAAUUGAAGGUCAACAGGAAACUCCCUCCUCCUCGUGAUGCAGUAGUGGAGGUUUCUCCUCAAUCUGCUGUCAGCAGGGAGAUCAAUUUGUCUUUUCCAUGGCUUCCGAAGGAUGGCAAGGUCUAUCGUGUCCAGGUACAGGGACAAUGGAAGGCUGUGUGGGCGAAGCUAGCCGCUCAGGUCACGGAUGAAGAACUCUCAAAAAUGAGUGGUGACAGUCACCUGCUCGAAGAGAACAUUCGUAGUGAGAGUACGGAGUUACGGCUUGGUGAAGCAAGCACAUCCUGA